UCCGCUAUAAAAUAUAGUCUACAUAUUUUGUUGUUUUCGCUUUGUAGAACGCAGCGUCACAGUAUUAACACAUAAAACAUAAAUAUUCGUGUAUUAAAAAUAUUGUCUUUGUGUGGAGAAUGUCUUGUCUGUCCCGAAAAAUGACCCGAUUGACUCUUUACAUAGCAGUGAAAAUAGUCCGGCCGUAUAAAAUCGCUUGUCCUCCUCGCUGUAGAUCUUUUCCAGUCGCAUGUUGAAGUUUGAACUGAUCAUGUCUAGCGAUUCUCCUGAUUACAACAGCUCAAGAGAUCGUGAGCAUGACGCAGGGCCAGAGGGGAUGGAGCCUGAUGGUGUCAUCGAGAGCAACUGGAAUGAGAUUACAGACAACUUUGAUGACAUGGCCCUGAAGGAGACACUCCUUAGGGGUAUUUAUGCGUAUGGUUUUGAGAAGCCAUCGGCCAUUCAACAGAGGGCAAUCAUUCCUUGUAUCAAAGGCUACGAUGUCAUUGCCCAAGCCCAGUCAGGGACUGGCAAGACUGCCACGUUUGCCAUCUCUAUUUUGCAGCAGCUGGACAUGGAGCAGAAAGAGACCCAGGCUUUGGUACUGGCCCCCACCAGGGAGCUGGCUCAGCAGAUCCAGAAGGUGAUUCUGGCUCUGGGAGACUACAUGGGGGCUGCCUGCCACGCCUGCAUUGGGGGCACCAAUGUCCGCAACGAGAUGCAGAAGCUGACGGCCGAGGCCCCCCACAUAGUGGUUGGGACUCCAGGCCGGGUGUUUGACAUGCUUAACAGGAGAUACCUGUCUCCAAAAUGCAUCAAGAUGUUUGUCCUGGACGAAGCUGAUGAGAUGCUGAGUCGCGGUUUUAAGGAUCAGAUCUAUGAGAUCUUUCAGAAACUGAGCACAAACAUUCAAGUGGUCCUCCUCUCUGCUACCAUGCCUGCGGAUGUCCUGGAGGUGACCAAGAAGUUCAUGCGAGAGCCCAUUCGCAUCCUGGUGAAGAAGGAGGAGCUUACCCUGGAGGGUAUCAAGCAGUUCUACAUCAAUGUAGAGCGCGAGGAGUGGAAGUUGGACACGCUGUGCGACCUGUACGAGACUCUGACAAUCACUCAGGCAGUCAUCUUCCUCAACACCAGGAGGAAGGUUGACUGGCUGACAGAAAAGAUGCACGCGAGGGACUUUACUGUCUCUGCUCUUCAUGGAGACAUGGAUCAGAAGGAAAGGGAUGUGAUCAUGAGGGAGUUCAGGUCUGGCUCCAGCAGAGUGCUCAUCACUACUGACUUACUGGCUCGAGGAAUUGAUGUGCAGCAGGUUUCCCUUGUCAUAAACUAUGACCUUCCUACAAACCGAGAGAAUUAUAUUCACCGAAUUGGUCGCGGUGGCCGUUUUGGCAGAAAAGGCGUGGCUAUUAACUUUGUGACCGAAGAGGACAAGCGUAUCCUUCGGGAUAUCGAGACGUUUUACAAUACGACUGUUGACGAGAUGCCUUUGAACGUGGCUGACCUGAUUUGAACCGGUGGUUUGAGGAUUUAUUUGUAGCGCGGUGCUAGCGGUCGUACACUUGCAUUGUGCUUACAUUAUUGUUCGAGGUAAACUUCUCUCAAUGCUAUGCCUGAAUCAGACUUCGGAUAUUUGUAGGAUAAGGCGACGUCGAUGGUCUCUCGUGGACAGUUGUAGAUUCUAACCUUUUUAGAGAUUGUUGGUCAGAGCUCCAAAAGCCUUGGCGACAGGUACCAUUAUGGUUCUCAUCGGUUUAUUUCAGUGUUCAACUAAGGUUUGUGUAGUAGAUGUGCUUCACCGUUUAGUGAUCUUCUUGUGGACAAAACGGUAUAAGUGCUGUAUUAAGUCUGAUAAUUAUGUUACGCUAACAUAUGUUCUGUGUAAUUGCAAUUCUGUACUUUUUGUUAUAGAUUUAACCCUCUAUUUUAUGCAAUGUGUUAAAGUGUACUAUAUUUUAUCACUUUGUCCAAGUCCUUGGUUUUACCAUAUUUUGCUCACAUGCAGUUUACCUCUUAGUUUUCCAGAACUCAACGUUUUGAGCGUGUAGCUAUUUUCCCUGAAACUAUGAAUGUAUUAAUAAAACCAAACUUGCUGUACUAAAUUA